GGCCAAUCAGUAGCGCGUAGGCUUUUGUAACGUUCCCGGCGCCGCGUUUGAAUUCGAGGAGGAGCAGAGCCCUGCCAAGCCUCUGCCCAGACCUUGCUAGGUCCGCUGAGCAACUCCGGGAACAUGAGUGCGGCGGCAACUGCAGGGAAGCUGGCGCGGGCACCAGCCGAUCCAGGGAAAGUCGGGGUCCCUGGAGUUGCAGCUUCCGGGGCCCCGGCGGCUGCCCCGCCGGCGAAGGAGAUCCCGGAGGUCCUAGUGGACCCGCGCAGCCGGCGGCGCUAUGUGCGGGGCCGCUUUCUGGGAAAGGGCGGCUUUGCCAAGUGCUUCGAGAUCUCGGACGCGGACACUAAGGAGGUGUUUGCGGGCAAGAUCGUGCCUAAGUCGCUGUUGCUCAAACCGCACCAGAAGGAGAAGAUGUCCAUGGAGAUAUCCAUUCACCGCAGCCUCGCCCACCAGCACGUCGUCGGCUUCCACGGCUUUUUCGAGGACAACGACUUUGUGUUCGUGGUGUUGGAGCUCUGCCGCCGGAGGUCUCUCCUGGAGCUGCACAAGCGGAGGAAAGCACUCACCGAGCCCGAGGCCCGCUACUAUCUGCGGCAGAUCGUCCUCGGCUGCCAGUACCUGCAUCGAAACCGCGUUAUUCACAGAGAUCUCAAGCUGGGCAACCUCUUCCUGAACGAGGAUCUGGAGGUGAAAAUAGGGGAUUUUGGACUGGCAACCAAAGUCGAGUAUGACGGGGAACGGAAGAAGACCCUGUGCGGGACUCCUAAUUACAUAGCUCCUGAGGUGCUGAGCAAGAAAGGACACAGUUUCGAGGUGGACGUGUGGUCCAUUGGGUGUAUCAUGUAUACCUUGUUAGUGGGCAAACCACCUUUUGAGACCUCUUGCCUAAAAGAGACCUACCUCCGGAUCAAGAAGAAUGAGUACAGUAUUCCCAAGCACAUCAACCCUGUGGCCGCCUCCCUCAUCCAGAAGAUGCUUCAGACAGACCCCACUGCCCGUCCGACCAUUCAGGAGCUGCUCAGUGACGAGUUUUUCACUUCUGGCUAUGUGCCUGCCCGCCUCCCCAUCACCUGUCUCACUGUUCCGCCCAGGUUUUCAAUUGCUCCCAGUAGCCUGGACCCCAGCAGCCGGAAGCCUCUCACCAUCCUCAAUAAAGGCAUGGAGAACCCCAUGCCCGAGCGUCCCCGGGAAAAAGAGGAGCCAGUGGUGCGGGAGGCCAGCGAGGCAGUCGACUGCCACCUCGGCGACAUGCUGCAGCAGCUGCACAGCGUCAACGCCUCCAAGCCCUCAGAGCGGGGCCUGGUGAGGCAAGAGGAGGCUGAGGAUCCCGCCUGCAUCCCCAUCUUCUGGGUCAGCAAGUGGGUGGACUAUUCGGACAAGUAUGGCCUCGGGUACCAGCUGUGUGACAACAGCGUGGGAGUGCUCUUCAACGACUCAACACGCCUCAUCCUCUACAACGAUGGCGACAGCCUGCAGUACAUCGAGCGUGAUGGCACGGAGUCCUACCUCACCGUGAGUUCCCAUCCCAACUCCCUGAUAAAGAAGAUUACCCUCCUCAAGUAUUUCCGAAACUACAUGAGCGAACACUUGCUGAAGGCGGGUGCCAACAUCACGCCCCGGGAAGGCGACGAGCUAGCCCGGCUACCCUACCUGCGUACGUGGUUUCGCACCCGCAGCGCCAUCAUUCUGCACCUCAGUAAUGGCUGCGUGCAGAUCAACUUCUUCCAGGACCACACCAAACUCAUCCUGUGCCCGCUGAUGGCUGCCGUGACCUACAUCGACGAGAAGCGGGACUUCCGCACGUACCGCCUGAGCCUCCUGGAGGAGUACGGCUGCUCCAAGGAGCUGGCCAGCCGGCUGCGCUACGCCCGCACCAUGGUGGACAAGCUGCUGAGUUCACGCUCGGCCACCAACCGCCUCAAGGCCUCCUCGUAGCCCCCCCCCACCCCCCUGGACUGGCACCCUCCUCCCGCCCACCGGCACCUCGGCCCGCGCUGGUUAGAUCCCGUGGUGCUGUUUUAUGGGGUGUCCCUCAGCCCUGGGGGCUGGGGCGGAAGCUCCAUCAUCCCUGCAGGUGGGGCUGCUGUGUAAGUUAUUUUUGUACAUGUCCCAGUGUGGGUUCUGAGGCCUCUUCCCCUUCCCUCUCAACCCCACCAUAUGAAUUGUACAGAAUAUUGCUAUUGAAUUUGGGACGGUCUUUUCCUUGCCUUUAUAUUACAUUAAACAUAUAUGAAUCUUC